CUGUGUUUUCAACAGAGAGAGAGCCGAUAAGAAAAAUGGCGUCGGUUGGCGACCCAGAGUGGGACACCGGCCAUUCACUUUAAGCUUUCCGCCCCAAAAUUGAGACCGUGGGCUGGUGGGAACUUCUGGGGAACUUUCGCAUGAGCCGUUUGUGUCUCCUUUCCUCGUUUUUCUUCGUUGCGCGUGGCGUCUCGCGGCUCCGAGAUUGAAGCGGAACAGAAGAGGCGCUCUCCAAUAAUGAGGGGCAGAAGAGGAAGGCCGCCCAAACUGGUGGCCGGGAUGCGGGACGGCUCACCCGGGCCAACCCGCGGCUCCCGGAGUGGAAGGGGCAGAGGGAUGCGGGGACGGGGACGAGCCAGGGGACGGGGUCGUGGUCGCGGCUUAACCGACGGCAGUUGUGUCACCGGGUCCGCCGCCGAGGUGGAGACGGACAUUUCGGGCCGAGAGAACUUUCAUUUGUCCCGGGGCCGCAAGAAAGUUGGAGCCGCCGCCGCCGACUCUGAGGGGAGCGCGGCAUCGCGGGGGAGAGGAGGCAGAGGGAGAGGCAGGGGGUCGAGAGGCGGCCGCGGCAGUAGAGGCGGAGGGAGGCGGCCUCCGACCAAGGUGGUGUACGACGACAACAGCGACGAGGAGGACGACAAUUUAAGCUACCGAUCGGAGGAAGAUGAACUCCUGAACGACAACCCUUCGUCCGAUCUUGAAGAAGAAGAAGAAGAAGAUGAAGAAGAGGAGGAGGAGGAGGAGCAGGAGGCCCUGCCAAACGACUUGGACUAUCUGGAGGAACGAGCAGAUGAAGAUGAGGAUAAUGCCAGCCACUGCACGGAGAGUAGUACAAGGAGCCACAGCACGCUCGGGAGCCCCCCAGGUCGACGAAGGAGUCGGGUGGUGCAACCACAGUCUCCUGUCCUUGAGGCACAAGACAUUCCCCUCUUGGAGCUUCCCAAGUCCUCCGAGGACCUCCUGGUUCCUAGCUCACAGCUCCUCAACGUGUCUGCUGUGUACGAGGUUCUCCGCAACUUCGGCACGGUGCUGCGGCUCUCCCCUUUCCGUUUUGAGGAUUUUUGCGCGGCGGUUGCCAGCCAGGAGCAGUGUAUGCUCCUGGCAGAGACCCACAUCUCGCUGCUCAAGGCUAUACUCCGAGAGGAGGACACCUCCAACACCACCUUUGGGCCUGCCGAUGUGAAGGAUUCUGUCAAUUCCACACUUUAUUUUGUGGAUGGUAUGACCUGGCCAGAGGUUUUGCGGGCAUACUGUGAGAGUGACCCGGAAUACCGACACAUUCUCCCGUUCCAGGAAGGAGAGGAUUACCCGUUUGAACCCUUGGAGAGUAAAAUCAAAGUACUUCAGUUUCUUGUGGACCAAUUCCUGGCGACCAACAUCGCCAGGGAAGAGCUCAUGUCAGAAGGCGUAGUAGCCUACGACGACCACUGCCGGGUGUGCCACCGCCUCGGCGACUUGUUGUGCUGCGAGACAUGUGCAGCCGUUUACCAUCUGGAGUGUGUGAAGCCUCCACUGCAGGAAGUGCCGGAGGACGAGUGGCAGUGCGAGGUGUGUGUGGCGCACAAGGUGCCCGGUGUGGCCGAUUGCAUCCCCGAAAUACAGAAGACCAGACCCUUCCUUCGCCAGCUGCCAGUCGGAUAUGACCGGCACAGUCGCAAAUACUGGUUUCUGACCCGCCGCAUUGUCGUAGAAGAAGAUGGGGAGCAGGAGGACAAAACAAUCUGGUACUACAGCACCAAGGUCCAGCUAGCUGAGCUCAUAGAGCACUUGGAUAAGGAUUACUGGGAAGCAGACCUCUAUGCUGCCCUUGAAGAAAUUCGGGAUGAGGUUCACACACACAUGGACAUCACAGAGGACCUAACCAACAAGGCUCGGGGGAACAACAGGUGUUUCCUCAAUGUUGCAAAUGAGGAGAUCCUGGAGCGUCUCCGAGCCAAAAAGGAGGAAGAACUAAAGGAGGUGAAAAGGCAGGUGGCUGAGGAGGCUCAUAAAGCUCGUCUGGAGCAGGAGAAGGACGAUGUGGAUGUGGAGAAGGAUGGUAAUGAAGACGCAAAACUGAUUGAAGGUGAAGGACAACAGGUUGUCAGCGGCAAUGACGAGACCACCAAGGAGGAGAACAAGGAGACAAGUGAAGAUGUAGAGGAAGAGAAAAGUGGUGUUGUCAAAACUGGAGUAGAACACCCAUCAUCAGACUGUGUUCCUGUCACUGGCGAUAGUCUCCCAAGUCUGAGCCAUCCCAACCAGAUGAUUGAGGAGAACAGUAGUAGCAGCAUGGGCAUCAUGGUCCCACCCAGGGGCCCUGAACCUCCGGACCUGGCUGACAAGUCCUCCCAGUCAUCUCUGGCAAGCGUCGAGGACACAGGAGAUGGUAAAGAUUCCACUAAUGGUGAGUGUCUUGGUGGUAAGAAGUCAUCUGCAACUCGUAUGGUGACCCGCUUGAGGAACCCAGAGAGCAAGUUGAGCCAGAUGAAGAGCCAACAGGUGGCUGCUGCCAUUCAUGAAGCCAACAGGGGCUUCAAGGAGGGAAAAGAAAUUCUAGUAGUAAAUGCCCAAGGUGAUGUCACCCGUGUAAGCACACGCAGCAAGGAGGUGGUGAUGAAAGGGACGCUUUGCCAGUACUUUAAGCUCGGUCAGGAGGGGAAAUAUCGUGUGUAUCAUAACCAGUACAGCACAAACACCCUGGCCCUCAACAAGCACCAGCACAGAGAGGAUCACGACAAAAGGCGACAUCUCUCCCACAAGUUCUCCAUGACUCCAGCAGGGGAAUUCAAGUGGAAUGGGUCUAUCCACGGUUCCAAGCUCAUCACCAUCUCUACAAUAAGGCUCACCAUCAUCCAGCUGGAGAACAAUGUUCCAUCUCCAUUCAUGCACCAUAACUGGGCUUCACACAGGACUAACUGGAUAAAAGCAGUACAGAUGUGCAGUAAGGCCAGAGAGUUUGCCCUUGCUCUGGCCAUCAUGGAGUGUGCCAUCAAGCCUGUGGCAACCAUGCCAGUCUGGAAGGACUCACUUGGCCACACCAGGUUAAACCGCAUGACUUCCAUGGAGCGUGAGGAGAAAGAGAAAGUCAAGAAAAGGGAGAAGAAGCUGGAGGAUGAGGAGACGAUGCAACAGGCCACCUGGGUCAAAUACACUUUUCCAAUUAAACACCAGGUGUGGAAACAGAAAGGCGAGGAGUAUCGUGUUACUGGCUAUGGCGGCUGGAGUUGGAUUAGUAAAACCUAUGUCCAGAGGUUUCUCCCAAGACUUCCUGGCAACACCAAUGCCAACUACCGCCAAGAUCUUGAAGGUGCUAAACUUGGCCAGAACUGCACUCUUUUGGACUUGGGUCGACGACCCACUGUCCAUGCGCCUGAAGCUCAGGGAGUCUCUGGCUUGAACAGUUAUAUAGCAGAUAAAGACUCAUCGACACCCUCCAAACCUGCCCCAGACAAUCAGGUGCUAGAUGAUGUUUUGGAGUCUUGUAAAAAGAUUGAAGAGGAAAAGAAAAAAGCUGUGUGUGAAAUGGAAACAUCUGAGGAACUGUCUGUUGACAACUCACCAGCCAAGAUGGAGUUGGAUUCCCCGAACCUGAAAUUAGAAGAUGAGCUAAUGCCCAGUAUUAAGGAAGAGUCUGGAAAGGAGGAGCUUACAGAUGACCCCCUUCGUCCUUUUUACUACGAUGUGGUGGAUGUCAGUAAGGGCUUCCUCACCCGCAUUGCAUUCAAGAAGAAGGUCAAGUCCUCCAAACUUGAUAGCCUGCUGGAGCGGCGAGCGAAGCAGCACACGAUUGAAGAGAAGACGAAGCCAUCCAAACCCAAGACCACUCAACCUCGUUCACCCUCCUCCUCAACACCACCACCACCACUGGACACCCCAGUCCGGGUACGGUCACCACUUAGGCCCAAGGCUCUGGGUCAGACACAGCUCAAAGUGGGCGAAGGAAUUGAAGGUGACAGUCAGGAUGUAGUCUCUAGAACUACAGAAGACUUAGAUGCUCACCUUUCUUCUGUUCCUGAUUCAACACCCAAAGAGAGUUGCAGUUCAGAUACAGAAAGAGAUUCUUCCUCACCACAAAACCAAACCAUCACAUUGUCCCAGAAAUUUGAGUUAGAUUUAGGAGAAAGGACUAUGGGGCCAAAAGAUUGCUCUUCAGAGCAACACACAGCCAGUGCUCAUUUAGAUGCUAUCAAUGAUGGGGUUAUCGAAUGUAUAGGCUCUGAGGUACCUAACCUGGACUCGAGUAGAAAGACGGACUUAGUAAGGACACAAAAGGUUGUUGACCAAAUAAACAACGAGAUUACAUCUCUUCCUAAAUCAACGCAGGAAUGUCCACAGACAUUAAGUUCAGUGGAUCUAGCCACUGAUAUAAAUGGCACGGGGCCUGAUGAAAACCAGGAAAAUAUUCAAGAUGCUGAGGGCCUCACUUCUCCUGCUUCAAUUUCUCCUUUUCCUCAGAUAAAUGGUAAGGAUGGUUUAGGGGGUGAUGUCCUGUUGAGUAACUCUGUGGUAAGUCCAAAUAAUGGCGUGCUGACUAACAAUACCAAGGUGAACAGCAUUCGUCAAGUAGAAGGCGAAGGUAUUUUACAAAAGAACAGCACACAACAAAAACCUUUGGUAAAUGGAGAUUUGGCUCUCAUGAACAAAAGUAUACGUGCUGCAGAAAAGGAGCCGACCCCUACAGAAACAUUUAAGAGUAACAUAAUGACAUUGGAUCAGGAUUACAAACCUUCUCUGAAGAUAUCAAAGCUGGAAAACAACAUAGAUGUUCUUGAAGCUCAUACCCCGAGCUCUCUGCAGCACAACACCUCAUCAGACACUAAAGCCACGCCAGCAGGCAAGAUCAUCAGAUUGGCGCCCUCGCCUAUACCUCCAGCAGAAGAGUCCAGUUUAAGUGAUGAAUUUGCAGAGAAUAGUGAGCGAGAAACGACACCACCGUUGAAGACGUUCAUCACCGAGGUAACAACCACCUCCACAACCACCACUGCAGUGGUUUCCACAGAGACGAGGACACUGCCAUUGAACGCAUCUGUAGAAUCUGCAAUGCCAGUUGUGUCGACAACAGAGAGCGCAGUGUCCACCCUCACUACCAUGACCAGAACGACCGUGACCAAAAUCUCUUCCUCUUGUCUGUCAGAAGACAGCCAGAGUGACAUAAUGGCACAACAACAGGAGACCACCCUUUCAUCCUCCAUCAGUAGAUCAACAACUGACACCAGUAGUACAAUGUCCGUAUCACGUGUAGAAAUAUUCCAGGAUGACUCAACAACCAGGGGCCGAGUACGCCUCCGCAAAUUCUCCCGCACCAAGAAGGUGCGCUCUGACACGGCACUUCCUUCUUAUCGCAAGUUUGUCACCAAGAGCAGCCGCAAGAGCAUUUUUGUGUUGCCGCACGACAACUUGAAGGUGCUAGCAAGGCGGGGAGGAUUCCGUGAGGUGGCCGUGUUCAACUAUAACGCCAAGCCGGCGCAGGAUAUUUGGCCUUAUCCUUCCCCCAGGCCCACAUUUGGCAUCACCUGGAGGUAUCGCCUGCAGACUGUGACCACUUUGGCUGGUGUGAGUCUGAUGCUUAGACUGCUCUGGGCCUGUUUGAGAUGGGACGACAUGGCUGUAAAGCCAUCCGCGGCUGUCGGUACGACACGAACAGAGACGUCAGACACAGAAAUCACCACCACAGAGAUCAUCAAACGGCGUGAUGUGGGACCAUACGGCAUACGCUCGGAGUACUGCAUCCGCAAAAUUAUCUGCCCACUGGGAAAUCCUGAGACACCCAAAGAAACCCACACCCCACAGAGGAAAGGGCUGCGUUCCAGUGCCUUACGUCCCAAGAAACCCGAACCUCCCAAGCAGACGGGCCCCGUGGUGAUCGAGACGUGGGUUGCUGAAGAGGAGCUUGACCUCUGGGAGAUCAGAGCUUUCUCUGAAAGGGUUGAGAAAGAGAAAGCUCAGGCAGCUGAACAAGCCAAGAAACGUCAGGAGCAGAAACCAGGCUCGGUCACUGUCACUCCAACAGGAACACCCGCCGUGACGCCUAAGGUCAUGGUGGCUUCACUGUCAGGCCAGGGUACUCCGACCGCCAAGGUGUUGCUGUCCUCAAAGAUGGGCACACCUGUCAAAUAUCAGCAGACCAAGAACUUUCAGCAGUCGUUUGCCACGUGGAUCAAACAGAGUCAAAACUCCCCAGAGACCACGGUGACCACGACUGGUGGACACACAUUUCACAUUACAGGAACCACGGUGGGUGGGAAGGUAGUGACCACCAAGCUGCCUCUUCCAGCCAACAGCAAGCUCAUCACAGUCAACAUGGGAACUUCACAAGGAGGUGCUGUGCAGCAGAAGGUGUUGGGUAUCAUCCCUUCCAGUACAACGGGUGGUGCUCAGACCUUUAUCAAAUUGCCUCGCACUACCCCUGUGAACAUAAGGCCCAAUAUCGCAGGCACCCAACAGCCGAUCCGGCCUGGGAUGACAACGAUUCGAACCCCAAUCCAGCAGGGCGGACCUAUGGGAAAGACAAUACUCAGAACACCACUUGUGGUCCAGCAAGGUCAGGCUGGCCAACAAGUUGUGAGUCAGAUUUUACAAGGCCAGACAGUGUCCAACUCAGUUUCUGGAGCCAGCCCUGUUGCUACGGUUACUGGCCAGGCCCCAUCCACCCCCGCUACAGCAGGAACGACAUCCGGCCAGGUCAAACUCACCAUUGCACAAAUUGCUCAGCUAAGCCAGAAGCAGCAGGCUGGCUCAGGUGUUGGCUCCCAGCAGGCUCUCACAGUGAUGAUUCAAGGUCAAGGUCAGACCACCGGCCAGCUUCAGGUUAUACCUCACGGAGUCACUGUCAUACCGGGUCCCGGUCAGCAGCUCAUGCAGGCAACUCUACCCAACGGCCAGAUGCAACGCUUCUUAUUCACACCCCCUGCCGCAGUGGCUACACCCGCGCCAAGCACAGCCACUACACCCUCCAGCCAGCCCAACUCCGAUUCCACAAAAACGCCAGCCCAGCCUGCUCAACAGGCAGCUGCCCCAGUUCAACCAGGGGCAGCAACCCUAGCUACCACCAGCACACCAUCUGCAUCCACCCCACAAGGCCAGUUACCCCCACAGACGCAGGCCCACAUGCCCAUUCAAUCUCCCACCUCGCUGCAGGUGACGACACAGGGAGGAACUACACAGCUGCAGCUGCAGCAACCUCCUCAAAUCAUCAUGUCUGGACUGCAGCAGCAGGUCCAGGUGUUGGCCCAGCUGCAGGCUCAGCAGGGUGGCACGUCUUUACCACAGCACUUCAAACUGCAGCUUCCUGUUCAGAUACAGCAGACUGGCGUCACCUCAGCUCAGGGAGGACAGAUCGGAAACGUUGUGACCAUCCAGGCUGCUUCCGUACAGGAGCAGCUGCAGAGGAUCCAGCAGCUCCGAGAGCAGCAACAGCAGAAGAAGAAACAAGCUGCAGAAGCCAAGAAGGAGCAAGCCCUCAACUCUGUCAGCCAGAAGGACAUCAUUCAAAAACAGGUUGUGAUGAAGCAGAACGCUUUGAUUGAAUAUCUGAAGCAGAAGAAGACUCUGACACCUGAGGAGAGAGAAGAGAAUCAGAGAAUGAUCGUAUGCAAUCAGGUCAUGAAGUUCCUCCUGGACCGGAUAGAUAGAGAUGAGAGGCAGGAGGCCAAGAGGAAGAAAAAGGAGGAGCUGGUGGAGUCCAAGAAGAGGUUGGCGAACACCAACAAGCUCGCCUCGCUUCUUUACCGCCACAAAGAGAGCCUGAAGAACGAGAUUUUGAAGAAACGUGCGCUUCUUGAUCAGGAGCUCCAUCUAGAGGCCCAGGAGGAGCUUAAGAAGGACCUGUUGAGGAUGCGCAGGGAGAAAGAGAGAGCAGCAGCACAGAAAGCUGCCCAGGCCGCCGCUGCUGCCUCCCACAGCCAGCAACAACACGUUAAAGCCCGUGUACACAACAUCACCACUCCGCAGCACCACGCCAUCACCGUCACCCCCACACUCAAGAGGAAACGUGACGAGGAGAGAGAGAGUGCAACGUCUGCUAAGUCCAAGAAGAAGAAGAUGAUCACCACCACUAGCACCAAGGACACCAAGAAGGACACCAAACUCUACUGUAUCUGCAAGACGCCCUACGAUGAGACAAAGUUCUACAUCGGCUGCGACCUAUGUACCAACUGGUAUCACGGUGAAUGUGUGGGAAUCACGGAGAAAGCGGCCAAGGAUAUGGACGACUACAUAUGUUUGGAAUGUAAACGGGGCCGGAAGACCACCAAAGAGGAGCUCUACUGCAUCUGUCAGACACCAUAUGACGAAUCCCAGUUCUACAUUGGUUGCGACCGGUGUCAGAACUGGUACCACGGUCGCUGUGUGGGCAUCCUGCAGAGCGAAGCGAACCACAUCGACGAAUACGUGUGCCCGCAGUGCCAGUCGACGGAGGACGCCAUGACGGUCCUCACGCCGCUCACUGAAAAAGACUAUGAGGGCCUGCGGAGAAUCCUGCGCUCCUUAACGGCACACAAAAUGGCAUGGCCAUUCCUAGAGCCAGUGGACACGAGCGACGCUCCUGACUACUAUAAAGUUAUCAAGGAACCAAUGGAUCUUUCCACCAUGGAGGAGAGGUUACAGAAGCGCAAGUACGUCAGGCUAACAGAGUUUGUGGCGGACAUGACCAAAGUCUUCGACAACUGCCGCUACUACAACCCCAGCGACUCGCCCUUCUACCAGUGUGCCGAGGUUUUGGAGAGUUUCUUUGUCCAGAAGCUCAAAGGCUUCAAAGCCAGCAGGUCUCAUAACAACAAACUACAAUCAGCAGCCUCUUAGCGCUCUCUUUUAAAAAACAAAAAAAGAUAAAAAGUAGGAUGCGGAUGACCUUUUGAUUGAUUAAACCUUCCACACCAAGUUGUGAGCCGAGGUCACUUCCAGAUGAAAAACAUCCCCUCAAUUGGAUAAACCCUCCAGCGCCACCACUGCAGAGAGAAAGGAAUUGGAUCACUGAGCCAUCCGAGGUGCCAGCUGGACUUGGUAACAAAGGUUCCACCUUCAGACCGGUGUGGACGAGUGGAAACAUCCUGAUGCCAAAGAAGUGAAACUGCAUGACCAUUUUGGUUAUAUUUGCUUGCAGAUGUGGUCAUUUGAUCAGCUGAUGGUGUUCUGAUGAGAAUUUAGAAGGAAAUAGUGCAAAAUGUUCAGCACUUUGUUCAUUACUGGGCUUCUUUUCAACAUGCGUGACCGUUGCCCUGCGAUUGACUGGCGAGCAGUCCAGGGUGUAUCCUGGCUCUUGCCCAAAGUCAGCUGGUAUAGGCUCCAGCUCAUCUGCAACCCUAAUGAGGACAGUAACUCACCUUAAAAGUGAUGGACAUACGGUGCUGAAUAUUAUAUCUUUACACAAAAAGGCUCAAUUCCGCCAUUUGCCUUUGUUUAAAUAAAUUUUUAAAAUGAUUAAUAUCCCUGACAGUUUUGAGGAAACACAAUCUUGCACCAUUCUGAAGGAAACUUCUAACUUCUAGCAUAAUAGCAAUCUCAACUAUGCAGUCCAUCCAUAAAGUAGUCACAGUGCUUUACUUUUUCAUCAUCAUCAUCAUGUUGGGUUACAGCCUUAUUCCAAAAUGGAACAAAUUAAUGUUUCCUAUAAAAAAAAAAAUUCUUAAAACUAAGAAAUCACUUGUACUGUAAGUAUUCAGGAGGCACGGUGGACAACUGGUCAGCACAUCUGCCUCACAGUUCUGAGGACCCUGAUUCAAAUCCAGCCUUGCCUGUGUUGAGAUUGCACGUUCUCCCCAUGCCUGCGUGGGUUUUCCUCCCACAUUCCAAAAACAUGGCUGGUAGGUUAAUUGAAGACUCUAAAUUGCCCAUCGGUGUGAAUGUGAGUGCGAAUGGUUGUUUGUUUAUAUGUGUCCUGCGAUUGGCUGGUGACCAGUUCAGGUGUACCCUGCCUCUCGCCCACUAGAUAGUUGGUAUAGGCUCUAGCAUGUCCGCGACCCUAGUGAGGAUAAGUGGUACGGAAAAUGGAUGGAUGGAUGCAAGCAUUCACAGCCUUUGUGUAAUAUUUUGGCAGCAAUGACACUGACAGCCUUAAGACUUUUCAAAUGCCACAAGCUUGGCUCAUCUGUCUUUGGUCAGUUCUACCCAUUCCUCUUUGUAGCACCACCGUCAGGUUGGAUGGGGAAUGUCUUUGCGUAGCCAGUUUCAGAUCCCCCUAGAGUUCAAUUGGAUGCAAGUCUGGGCUCUGGCUGGGCCACUCAAGGACAUUCACAAUGUUGUCUGAAGCCACUCCUUUGAUAUCUUGUCUGUAUAUAUUGCUGCAUUCAUCCUUCUCCAAUUCUAACUAUUCUCCCAGAAUACAUCUCCACAUGAUGCUGUGGAUGGAUGAUAUUGUUCAGGAGAUAAGCGCUGCCUGAUUUCCUCCAAACAUGUCUGCCAUUUAGACCAGAAAUGUUUUUCUCUGAGAGUCCUUCAGGUGCCUUUGGACACACUGUGUUAAUAUUACUAAGGAGUGGCUUCCAUCUGGCCACUCUACCAUACAGGCCUGAUUGGUGGUUUGCUACAGGGAUUGGUGGACUGUCAGCUUCUUGGUCACUUCCAUGACUAAGGCCCUUUUCCCCCAAUUGCUGACUUUAGGCGCAUGGCCAGCUUUAUGAUGACUCCCCUGGUUUCCUAACUUCUUCCAUUUACAGAUGAUGUAGGCCACGGCGCUCAUUGGGACCUUGAAAGCAGCAGAAUUUGUAACUUGGGACAACCCUGAAUCGGACUUACUCGUUGACUUCAUUCUUGGUUUGUGCUCUGAUGUGCACUGUCAACUGUGAGACCUUAUAGAGACAGGUAUGUGCCUUUCCAAAUCAUGCCCAAUUAACUGAAUUUACCACAGGUGGACUCCAAUUAAGCUGUAGAAACAGCUCAAGGAUCUUCUUUUCCUUUGGGCUUGUCCCUUUAGGGGUCGCCACAGCGCGUCAUCCUUUUCCAUGUAAGCCUAUCUCCUGCAUCCUCCUCUCGAACACCAAGUGCCCUCAUGUCUUCCCUCACGACAUCCAUCAACCUUCUCUUUGGUCUUCCUCUAGCUCUCUUGCCUGGCAGCUCCAUCCUCAUCAUCCUUCUACCAAUAUAGUCACUAUUUCUCCUCUGGACGUGACCAAACCAUCGAAGUCUGCUCUCUCUAACUUUGUCUCCAAAACAUCGAAACCUCGCCUGUCCCUCUGAUGAGCUCAUUUCUAAUUUUAUCCAACCUGGUCACUCCGAGAGCGAACCUCAACAUCUUCAUUUCCGCCACCUCCAGCUCUGCUCCCUGUUGUCUCUUCAGUGCCACUGUCUCUAAUCCAUACAUCAUGGCUGGCCUCACCACUGUUUUAUAAACUUGCCCUUCAUCCUAACAGUGACUCUUCUGUCACGCAACACACCUGACACCUUCCUCCACCCGUUCCAACCUGCUUGGACCCGUUUCGUCACUUUCUGACCUCACUCACCAUUGUUCUGGACGGUUGACCCCAAGUAUUUCAAGUCUUCCACCCUUGCUAUGUCUUCUCCCUGUAGCCUCAAUCUUCCCCCACCACCCCUCUCAUUCAUGCACAUAUAUUCUGUCUUUCUUCGGCUAAUCUUCAUUCCUCUGCUUUCCAGUGCAUGCCUCCAUCUUUCUAACUGUUCCUCCACCUGCUCAAUGCUUUCACUGCAGAUCACGUCAUCUGCAAACAUCAUGGUCCACGGGGAUACCAGUCUAACCUCAUCUGUCAGCCUAUCCAUCACCACUGCAAACAGGAAGGGGCUCAGGGCUGAUCCCUGAUGCAGUCCCACCUCCACCUUAAAUUCAUCUGUCACACUUACAGCACACCUCACCACUGUUCUGCUGCCCUCGUACAUGUCUUGUAUUAUUCUAACAUACUUGUCUGCCCUCCAGACUUCCGCAUGGAGUACCACAGUUCCUCUCUGGGUACUCUGUCAUAGGCUUUCUCUAGAUCUACAAAGACACAAUGUAGCUCCUUCUAAACUUCUCUGUACUUUUCCAUCAACAUCCUCAAGGCCAAUAAUGCAUCUGUGGUACUCUUUCUAGGCAUGAAAUCAUACUGUUGCUCGCAAAUACUCACUUCUGUCCUGAGUCUAGCCUCCACUACUCUUUCCCAUAACUUCAUUGUGUGGCUCAUCAACUUUAUUCCUCUAUAGUUCCCACAGCUCUGCACAUCACCGUUGUUCUUAAAAAUGGGCACCAGCACACUUUUCCUCCAUUCUUCAGGCAUCUUUUCACGCGCUAGAAUUCUAUUGAACAAGCUGGUCAAAAACUCCACAGCCACCCCUCCUAGAUGCUUCCAUACCUCCACAGGAAUGUCAUCAGGACCAACUGCCUUUCCAUUUUUCAUCCUCUUUAAUGCCUUUCUAACUUUGCCUUACUACUCAUUGCCACUUCUGGUCCACCACACUUGCCUCUUCUACUGCUCCUUCUCUCUCAUUUUCCUCAUUCAUCAACUCCUCAAAGUAUUCUUUCCAUCUAUCUAGUACACUACUGGCGCCAGUCAACAUAUUUCCAUCUCUAUCCUUAAUCACCCUAACCAGCUCCACAUCCUUCCCAUCUCUAUCCCUCUGUCUGGCCAGCCUGUAUAGAUCCUUUUCUCCUUUCGUGUCCAACCUGGCAUACAUGCCAUCAAAUGCCUCUUGUUUGGCCUUUGCCACCUACCUUUGCCCUGUGUUGCAUCUCAAUGUAUUCCUUUCGCCUCUCCUCUCAGUGUCCCACUUCUUCUGAGCUAACCUUUUUCCUUGUAUGAUUUCCUGUACUGUGAGGUUUCACCACCAAGUCUCCUUCUCUCCUUUCCUGCCAGAAGAUACAUCAAGUACUCUCCUGCCUGCCUCUCCGAUCACCUUGGCUGCAGUGGUCCAGUCUUCUGGAAGCUCCUCCCGUCCACCGAGAGCCUGUAUCACCUCUUCCCGAAAAGCUGCACAACACUCGCCCUGUCUCAGCUUCCACCACAUGGUUCUCUGCUCUGCCUUUGUCUUCCUAAUCUUCCUCCCCACCACCAGUCAUUUUACACACCACCAUCCUAUGCUGUCUAGCCACACUCUCCCCUACCACUACUUUACAAUCGGUAACCUCCUUCAGAUUACAUCGUCUGCACAAGAUGUAAUCCACCUGCGUGCUUCUACCGCCGCUCUUGUAGGUCACUCUAUGUUCCUGCCUCUUCUGGGGAAAAAAAAAAGUGUUCACUACAGCCAUUUGCAUCCUUUUUGAAAAUUCUACCACCAUCUGUCCCUCCAAGUUCCUUUCCUGGAUGCCGUACUUUCCCAUCACUUCUUCAUCACCCCUAUUUCCUUCACAUAACACAUAACACCCUCAAUUUCAAGUUUCACCCUCAUCACUCAAUUUGAUACUCUUCUUCACCUCCAAGACAUUCUUAGCCAACUCUUCUUUUAAAAUAACCCCGACUCCAUUUCUCUUCCCAACUACACCAUGGUAAAAUAAUUUAAACCCUGCCCCUAAACUUCUAGCCUUACUGCCUUUCCACCUGCUCUCCUGGACACACAAUAUACAUAUAUCAACCUUUCUCCUAAUCAUCAUGUCAACCAACUCCCAAGAUUUUCCUGUCAUAGUCCCAACAUUCAAAGUCCCCACAUUCAGUUCUAGGCUCUGUGCUUUCCUCUUCUCUUUCCCGCUUUCCACCUCCUUCGACUUCGACCCACAGUAACUGAAUUUCCACCGGCACCCUGCAGGUUGAUGGCGCCGGUGGCGGACAUUGUUAACCCGGGCCACGACCGAUCCGGUAUGGAAUUCUUUAGAUGAACGCUCAUAUUUGUUUGGCACAGUUUUAAGACGGUUCCCCUUCCUGACGCAACCCUCUGCAUUUAUCCGGACUUGGGACCGGCCUACAGUUUGCACUGGCUUGUGCCCCCCAUAGGGCUGCAUUAGAAACAUCUCAAGGAUGAUCAGUGGAAACAGAAUUCACCUGAGCUCAGUUUUGAGCUUCAUGGCAAAGGCUGUGAAUCCUUUUGUGCAUGUGAUUUUAUUUGUAAUAAAGUUGCAAAAAUCUUUUAAAAAAUAAUAAUUUUGUUAUCAUGGGAUGAUGUAAUGUGGGGGGGGGGUCAAUUUUAGAAUAAAUAACAUUACAUGGAAAAAAUGAAGCGCUGUGAAUACUUUCUUGGAUGCUCUGUACAUUUACAAUACUGGAUUUGCCUUUAUGGAAUCCAAUGAAUACGUUUGGUCAUGGGACAUGUCAAAAUGUAAAAAAGGUAAAUGAAAAUGUAAUUUUUUUUUUAAUAGCUUCAAGGGGGCACAGUGUACGACUGGUUAGCACAUCUGCCUCGCAGUUCUGAGGACCCGGGUUCAAAUCCGGCCUCGCCUGUGUGGAGUUUGCAUGUUCUUCCCGUGCCUGCGUGGGUUUUCUCCGGGUACUCCGGUUUCCUCCCACAUCCCAAAAACAUGUAUGGUAGGUUGAUUGAAGACUCUAAAUUGCCCCCAGGUGUGAAUAUGAGUGUGAAUGGUUGUUUGUUUAUGUGUGCCCUGCGAUUGGCUGGUGACCAGUUCAGGGUGUCCUCUCGCCCAAAGAUACCUGGGAUAGGCUCCAGCACGCCCGCGACCCUAGUGAGGAUAAGCAGUAUGGAAGAUGGAUGGAUGGAUGGAUAACGUCAAUAAUAUCCAUUUUUGUGUGAUUUCCACCUAAACGAAGAUUGUUCUUCAAAUGAAAAUCAUUAAUUUUGCUCGUCUAAAGAAGUUUUAACUUUUUUCCCCCAUUUACUAAGUUUUGUUUUGCUCAAAAUGCAUCCAAAUUCUCAUGAACGCUCAACCUGCAGCAUUUCACUCAAGUAGCGUCCUUUAAAGGAGAAUGACCGUUUUACCACUUUGACUGUCGUGGUGAAUGGUCCACAUACCGAAAUCCCUGCUUAGUGCAGGCUUAAUAUCCGUGUAACACGAGGCCAUUGUUUAGUUUUCUAAUUUUGGAAUGCCUCUGAGCAGCAUCCUAAUGAGUGGCGUGGGAGGUAAUCGUUAACAUUUUUGUCUCACGGUGUUCUGUCCAUCAGAUAGGCCCAGCGGGGAAUGUGUCUGGAAAAGCGUCAUUCCGACAAAAUUCCUUGGAGUCGUCUUCCUGACUUAAGGCCUCAUGCAGCCCAAUUGGUGCCACAUGCUCUGACAUUCCCGUCAAUAUUUUCCCUGUAGGAUUAGCAUCAUUGCACUUCAUUACCUUAGGAAAACAAUCUUCCUUAUUUAAGUCAUUUAGGGGGUCCUCGUGUUCUCCCAAAUCAAUUUGCUGUGACUGACCCACAGGUCAUGCUUUUCCACUCUUUUUCACCUCUUUCCCCUUUAUUAGACUCUUUCUAACAAAGAGUCACUUCCACAGAAACAGGAAGUUGGGGAAAACUAUUCAAGCCUUGGGAGAGGGUUUAAUUACCCACAUGUACUGUAAAUGCAUCCAAAGAAAGUUGUGUCCAUUCUUUCCAUCAGCCACUUCCUGCAGCAUACUUGACUGAUGUCAGCUCACCUGUCUCUCAACUCUCGUUCAAAGCACUCCAAUAAUUGAUCAUUGACAUUUCCUCUCAUCAGCUCAAUUACGCUGUGAUCUGUGGCUCCAAGGCAGGGAGGAAAACGACAAGCAUGGACUCAGUCGACUUUCUAUCCUGGUGUUUUUACACAAAACAAUCUUAACGCCAUUUGUCAGAUAUUUGAAUCUUGUGAUUGUCUUAUUUGAACGGGGCGAGCAGUCACAUGACAGAGUUCCACUUCCACUCUUUGUGAUCCUUGCUCAGUGAACGCCUGCUGUCCAAAUCUUUAGAGAUUUUUAGACUUGUACAAACUUUAGUUUUUCACACUUUCAACCAGCAACUAAGCCCACUUGUACAUUUGAAAUAUAUUUCCUCUUUAAUCGAAGUGAAUGCUAUUUUUUAUUUGUGAAGUUGCCCUUCAUAUUGAAAGUGGUAGAAUGAACGCAGUAAUUCUUGUGAAGAAUUAUUUUUUGUAAGAAAGCAACCGGUCCAGCAUAAUAAUGAUGUACAUGUAUAUUGACAUUGCAUUUCUUGUUUUAUUUAUUAAUAGAGACAAAUGGUUCUUAAGGGGUUUUUUUUGAGUAAUGUUUAAAGAAAUGUAACUGCAGAGGAAAAGUCUCUUUUUUUACUUGAUAGGACAUUACAGUGUAGAUAAUAAAGAACAGUUUUUGACACCUGCUUUCUAUGGUGUUUCAUUGAAUCAUAUAUGGAAACUUGUGAGCUAGAAGUGCCUCAAGUAUCCAAAAUAUGCAUUACCGGUACAAGUUUUACAGCCUCUUUCCUUGAAAUAUCUCAGUUGUACAAUACUGUGCCAAUGCAUGUGACUAUAACUUACAGUAUCUGCUUAUGUAAGACAGGGUAUAGGACCUAGUACAUAACCUUGUGGCACACCGCAAAAACAACAUAAAAUGCAUUAGCUGUAUUCUUUUUCAUUGACAUCUUCGUCAUUAAGAUAUAAACUGCUAAAAUGUGUUUUCCAAUGUAUGGCAAACUAUGAAUGUAGGACGUAACCUUGUGUGUGCCCACCACAAUACAUAGGGUAGAGUAUUUUUGGGCACCUCCUGCAUUAAGAUAUGAACCAUGAAAAGCACUCCUCAUGUAAGACAAGCAAAGUCGGACCUUGGACCUAACUUUAGGGCACACCAGAAUUCUUGAAAUAUACUGUAUCACUUCUCGUGUAUUAGUUGUUAAUUUGUUAUAUUUUCUGACUAGAUAAAGCCAAUACAGCUUACUUGCCAAACAUGGUAGGGGCCAAGGAAAUAACCUUAAGCACAACACAAUGCAGGUAAUGGCUUACUGUCAUUGGCAUCUCCUGCAUUAAUGGCUGAAGUAACUACCUACAGUACACUUUAAAGAAAGUAGAGCUUUGGACAUAACAUUGGUGCACACCACGGGAAAAAAAUGACAUUUGUCAACAUAUGCUUUUUUUUAAUCAACAUGAGAGAUGUCAAAUGUACUGGUAUUCAGUACUAAACUAAAAGUACUGAUAAUUGUCCAAAAAACAGCUCGAGUAAAAGUACUGAACUGAAGUAAAAGUAAAAAAAAGUACACUUUUAAAUGUACUUAGGUAAAAAAAAGUAAAUGAACAUUUUUAAACCCAGUAAUAAAAUACAUAUAGUGAGAUUUUUGUAUCUCUCCAGAUGAUUGGCAUGUAUGCUUUCUCUGAACAAAAAUAAAAACAGGUAGACUUGAAUGAAAAGAAGAACAUUUAUUUGCACUAUUGAAAUACAUUUAUAUACAGCAAAACAUAAGUAGUUAAAAAAAAGACGCUAGGGUUUGCUUCAAACAUUUAUUUGGCCACUGCCAAACAGGAAAAGGGUUUGACUGAAACUAGCAAAUUACGGCUUUUUUCAGUUUUGUUUUGGCAGUUGGCAAAUAAUAUCCAUCCAUUUUCUGGACCGCUUCUCCUCACUGGGGUCGCGGGCGUGCUGGAGCCUAUCCCAGCUGUCAUCGGCCAGGAGGCGGGGUACAAUCGCAGGGCACACACCAGCCAAUCGCAGGGCACAUACAAACAAACAACCAUUUGCACUCACAGUCACACCUACGGGCAAUUUUAGAGACUCCAAUUAAUGCAUGUUUUUGGGACGUGGGAGGCAACCGGACUGCCCGGAGAAAACCCACGCAGGCACGGGGAGAAUAUGCAAACUCCACACAGGCGGGGCCGGGGCUUGAACCCGGGUCCUCAUAACUGUGAGGCUGACGCUCUAACCAGCCGUUCACCGUGCCGCUUGGCAAAAAAUAUAUUCAACAAAUAUGAUAUAUUAAUGUUCAAACAUGACAAUUCCCUACCAACAACAAGCCAGCUUUCUAAAAAAAAACUAACGUGGUUCAUUCAUUGCAGACACUUUUGGGGAAAAAAAAAAUAUCCUUACCUAUGAAAGGUUUAUCCCAGUACGGAGUUCCCCUGUUGUGAUUGUACGACGUACUUUGUACUUCGUUACUUCCCACCCCUGAUCAACAUAUGUAUUAAUGCUGCAUUUGAGAAAAAUGGCAACUCGGAUUUAUCCCAAUCGGAUUGUACCAGUUCUGACCUCAAAGCGUUCCAGGCCAAUGUAAACAACAAAUAUGGCUGAUAGCGAAAAAUGUUUUUUUUUUUUUUGGUUGUGUAUAUUUGUAAGCUAUAUAGGCCUAUAUACAAUCAUAAUUUGCUUUAUUUAUGUAAAUAAAGUUAUAUCUUUCAUACAUUCAUACCUUUUACCGAAUAACUUAAUGCAAGCAGAGAAGGCAUAUCCUCACGCAGUCAGUACAAAUUACUUUGGGUUAUGUGAAGUUAUGUUAAAGAAAGAAAGAUGGAUGAAUAUAUUUUUAUAAUCCAGUAAAAUUAUGUUUUACCAUUCACGGUCUGUGUCUCCGUGGGAGCCAUUGUCGAGUAACUCAGUGAAGGCGGGUUAGAUAUUUUCAUAAUCACCUGACCUGAAAAUCUAUGGAAAGAACUGAAACUCAAAGUCCAUAGAAGAAUCCCACGGAACCUUCAAGAUUUGAAGACUGCUUGUGUGGAGGAAUGGGCCAAAUUCACACCAGAGCAAUGCAUGUGACUAGUUUCUCCAUACAGGAGGCGUCUUGAAGCUGUCAUUGCAGACAAAGGCUUUUGUUACAAAGUAUUAAAUAAAUACCAUUUGGUGUGUUCAAUACUUUUUCUCUCUCAUUUCACAUUAUUCCACAUAACUUAAUUUCUGAUCUUAUUUGUUCUACUUUCUUGGUAUGUAUGGAUUACUUGGGUUGUUCCCAACAUCUGGUGAAAUGUCCAUGUCAAUAGCACCUUUGGAAAUAUAUUUAGUGAGAACAAUGGUGACGUGUUAAAUACUUAUUUCAGGCGCUGUAAAUCGAUCUUGCCCGCCCGGGAGCUCAGCACCCCUCAACAUUUGAUCCUAAAAUCGCCCCUAAGAUUCAGUAAACCGCUUAAAGACCUGUAACACGUGCCCAUGUAAGGCAAACAAAGUAGGGCUUCAAAUGUAACUUUGGGGCACCCCGCAAUAGAUGAAAUACAGUGGAACCCAAGUUCGCGAGUUUUGAAACUGCUAGAUUUGAAUGUAGCCUCACUUCACGAAACCAUCCCCCUCGGGUCUCUGAACUGAGCCAUGCCGCUCACUGACGUGCACUGUAUGUAACGUGCAAAGUAAACAAGCCGAUGUUAGCCACGGCUGCUACAUUGGUAACGUGACUUAUUCGUAAUAGUGUUAGUGUAACACUAAAUUAUCAGUUUGAAGUUAUAUUUUUGUAAAUGUACAAUCUGUUGAAAAUCAAAAAGAGGUGAUAGUCCUACCUGUCAAGCAGAAAUGUUACUUGGGUCCAAAGCCUCUCAGCCACUGACUGGUCUCUCUGAAAGGCAGAUCCAGUGAUCACACUGUUGUGUCUUGGGCUCUGUCCAAUUCUCUCUUUGUAACUUUUGUUGCUAACCGGAGGUGAAUAUUCCGCCAUAGUUUCAGCAAAGCUCCUCAAGCCCAACGUACCCGACAAUGGCACCCGUAAAGGUGUUAAUGUUGUACUAUGGACAGGUUGAUUGUAAAAUUCAAUUGCCCUUCUGGGAAUAAUAAAAGUAUUCUGAAUCUGCAUUUUAUGGUUAUCCUGAAAUUGAAAGAAAGCCAAUUAACCUUAACUUUUUGGUCCAGUUAAUGACCUCUUACAUAAUGGCAUCCAUCUCUUGUGCU